GGCUACCAAUGGUGAAGUGUAAGUGAAGAGUUGUGCUAAGAUUGACAUACUGUAAAAAUCUCAAGCUGCUAGCGAUUAGUUAAAUUGAAAGAUCUACUGACAGUGUAAAAUCUAUUCAGCUAUUUAUUAGUUUACUGUGUACCCAAGAGUGUGACCUAUAUAAUAAAGCAAAGUUACUUAAAAUUGAUCACGGAACGUCGAAAAGAGAUUCAGUUUUACCAGCAGGAAAACUCGAACUAACACUGCAAUAAAAAUUGCAAGAAAAUCGAAGCUUUGGAAUUGGAUAGCAAAUCAUCUUCAUUUGGAAAUAAUCAUAUUGACAGCGAAUGUCCAGCUGCCUUAGCAUUGUAUAUAGACUUCCAUAAAAGUUGUUAGGAAAAAUAAAAAAAAAUAAAAAAAUUUGUUUAAAUAACAAGUAAAUAACAUAAACACGGAAGAAAACUUCAUAUAUUUAGAAAGAUUUGGAACCAUAAAUACCGAAAGUUCUUCAGGUCGGAUUACAAGGUUUUGUUAAUAAAGUUUUGUACCAUUACUUGUACAAAAGAGAAAAACAUUUAAGAAGAGAACGUUACUAUCAUUAAUACAAUAUGAAUGAACUAGAUAGUCUAAGACAGGAAGCUGAGUCAUUAAAGAAUGCGAUUCGAGAUGCACGGAAGGCUGCGUGCGAUACAUCUCUGUUGCAGGCUGCCGCUUUGCUAGAACCUAUUGGACGUAUACAAAUGCGCACCCGACGUACACUGCGCGGACAUCUAGCUAAAAUUUAUGCUAUGCAUUGGGGUAAUGACUCCAGAAACCUUGUAUCAGCCUCACAAGAUGGGAAACUAAUCGUGUGGGACUCGCACACUACGAAUAAAGUACAUGCUAUACCACUGCGUUCUUCGUGGGUGAUGACUUGUGCAUACGCUCCAUCGGGAAGUUACGUUGCUUGUGGAGGUCUCGACAACAUGUGUUCAAUCUAUAACUUAAAGACACGCGAAGGAAACGUACGUGUGUCCCGUGAGCUACCAGGCCAUGGCGGUUAUCUAUCAUGCUGCCGUUUUCUGGACGAUAAUCAAAUUGUGACAAGUUCAGGUGAUAUGUCGUGUGGCUUAUGGGACAUCGAAACCGGUCUGCAGGUUACUUCAUUUCUUGGUCAUACGGGUGACGUGAUGGCUCUUUCCCUGGCACCGCAAUGCAAAACAUUUGUCUCGGGUGCAUGUGACGCGUCCGCAAAGUUAUGGGAUAUAAGAGAAGGUGUUUGUAAGCAAACAUUCCCAGGACAUGAGUCUGAUAUCAAUGCAGUCACCUUCUUUCCAAAUGGGCAAGCCUUCGCGACAGGAUCUGACGACGCAACCUGUCGGCUUUUUGAUAUACGGGCAGAUCAGGAAUUGGCAAUGUAUUCGCAUGACAACAUCAUUUGUGGUAUUACCUCCGUUGCGUUCUCAAAAAGUGGCCGUCUGUUAUUAGCAGGAUAUGAUGAUUUUAAUUGUAAUGUAUGGGACACAAUGAAAGCAGAGCGCUCAGGCAUUCUAGCCGGCCAUGAUAAUCGUGUUUCAUGUUUGGGAGUCACUGAAAAUGGUAUGGCAGUAGCAACAGGAUCGUGGGACUCGUUCUUACGCGUGUGGAACUAAAUGUUGUACACAAUACGUAUUAAUGGGUGGGAUAGGGUCAACGUGGCGGUGGUUGCAAGCAGUCUGCGUUUAGCAACACCGACAAUAACAAUAGUAGCAACAAAAACAACAUCCUUUUAAAUUCAGGCGAAUUUAAAUACAUAUUCCGCACCAAUAACUAUUUUGUGCUAUGCUGUCAACGGCUAUAUGUUACUGUUAUUAGGCGAAAGUGCUUCACACUGCGAGUAGGCGACCGAGAUAAUAAGGAUGGUAUAGGGCGUUGACUGCGACGUAGACCAUAGCAAAAACAAGAACUUUAUAUACAAAUUAUUUAUAUUGCUAUAUACUUAUACUUAUACAAACCAAACACAGACAUACACAACAACAUACAACUAGACAUACACACAUACAAGUAUAUUAUUAGAGUAAAUGAAAAAAUUCUAAACAGAUCCUAUGAUGAGGUGUGGCUGAUAGUCGUUCUUGGUCAAAAUUCCGGUCGAACCUAAGGCUUAAACAGCAUAAAAUCAGUUAAAUACGCCAACGUUCGCUAUACAGUAAAGAAAAAACAAUUUGGGAGUGCACUAUCUUGACGACUAUGAUAGCACAAGUACGAGUAUUAUGGUAAUUUUACUGUAAUAUCCGUACAUAAGUGUAAAAUAAAAGAUGACACGUCAGUUUUAUUUAUCAGGCAACAGAAAAAUCCUUACAUGACUAUAAAAACAACAGAAGUUGGUAUUAAGAAGUCAAAUAAAAUUAAAGCAUUUAUAAAAGAAAAUUACAGGUAGGAAAAAAAAAAGAAUUAUAUAUAUAUAUAUAUAUAUAUAUAUAUAUAUAUAUGUAUGUGUGUGUGUGUAAUGAAGAAAACAUCGGAAAACAAUACACUUUAUAAAACAUUUUUCUUAUAACGUUUAAGUCCUUAAUUUAUAUACAAACAAAAUAAGAAUGAUUUAAAUAACAUACUUAUUAGUAAAACAAAAACUAUUUACAUAAUUAAUUGACGGCCAUAUAAGCUACAACAAUAAAUGGAAAAAUUACCUUUAAAUCUACAAAAAUUUAUAAAUGUUUAACGAAAUCUUAACAUAUAGACUAACAGAAUUAAAGAUCGUUAAAGUACAACAGUCACAGUAGCAACAACGUGUAUGAAUUGUCAGACUUCAUAACGGGCAGAUUAACUGUUUCAACUGUUACAGGAUAAGUGUAUUUGAGAAUUUUUCUUAGCUUUAUCCAAAGUUUUGAAGGUUGAUUUGUAGUUUACGUAUUGUUUGAUUAUGAGCUUCGAAAUUAUGCCCAAAAUGUAAACUAACUUUCUGCAUGCAAUUAAGUCAACUAAAUGCCAUAUAUAUAUAUAUAUAUAUAUGAGUAGAGAAGAAAACGAAAUAAAACAGCACUUUAUUUUCUACUUUUUAGAUACUAUAUUUUUAUUCAAUGUAGCUGGAAUGGUAAAGCUUGUACUUCAAUACAUACACAAUGCUACGCUUUGUUAAACUGUUAAGAUUGGGUCCCAUAAGAAUUGUAAAAAAUGCAUAAUUCACAUAUACAGGUAUCCCGCGUAUAACGCGGUCUCAUACAACGCGAUUUCGAUAUAACGCGAUUUGGAAAAAUUAGGUUUCAGUACAACGCGAAAUUUAGGCUUAUAUAACGCGAAGGGGAAAAUACAGAUUUAAAACGUGCAAAGAUCUUUGAAGACAGUGAACAGAUUAUUUACCAUAUGAAGUUUGAAGAAUAAUAAUAAAGUUUUUAAUAAACCUUUAAUUUGUUUUAGUUUGUUUUCAAUAUUUUUAAUGUGCACAUAAUUAUAUAAUUUUUUUUUUUUUUUUUAAAUUUUUAAAUACAUACAAAUGUAUGUACAUAUGUAUAAUUAUUCCUAUCUUGUAUUGAGUUGAAAUAUAAGUGCAUCUGCUAUUUUGUAUGUAUUUUAUUUUUAAAAAACCUAUUGGAACCUAACCCCCAAAUUUAUAUGAAAACUAUGUUUUAGAUAACGCGGAUUUACAUAACGCGCAAUUCUUCUGGAACGUAACUAUCGCGUUAUACGAGGAAUUCCUGUAUAUGUUGAAUGCAAAAAGAACGGACAUUAUAUGUUUAUUUAGAAUAAUGAUCUUGUAUCAGUACAGUUUAUAUUAUUAAAGAUUUUUGUAUCAUGCAGACAAUUAGCAAAAUUUCGGUCAGUGUCAUAAAAUUGAGAAAUUGUGAAAAAAUAUUCCCUUUAAAGCCUCAUUGCGUUUUCCAAUAAUUGACAACCUACUGAUAUGGGAAAUAUGUAGGGCGGAGUGUGGCAUUGUUUGGAAUUUUUUUAUAUGCAUACCAAAUAAGAAGUUAAUAAAAUCAAUAUUAUGGUUAAAAACAAAAAGAAAAAGAACAAGUGCAUAGGAUCAGUCAAAUUUUAUUAAUUUAAUUUUAGACUAUGCGUUGACUCUAAAAAUGCUGUCGGAAAAUUUUGAAUGUUUCUUGGUUUAUAUAAAUGCAUUACAAGAAUCUGCCAUAAAUCCAUGUUAAUUUCAAAAUCUAUACAUACAUACUUAUGUUUAUAUAUAAAUUUAAAUAUACAUAUAGAAAUGCAAUACAUUUUUCCUUAUGUUUAUACAUAUGUAUUUGCCACAUUUCAUAUGCAUACGUACAUUGUACUUUUAUUAUGAUUUUUAUGUACAAUUUAAUCAAAAAUCAAAAGUAAUAAAUAACUUUAAUGUCUGUAAUUAGCUGAAUUCAUCAAGAAAGAAAGUAAAUCAAUAACCAAAUGCUUAAAUGCGUAUUAUCAAUAAACAAAUAGAUAUCGAAAAGAAAAAUACAUGUUCAUGUUAAAAUUACAUUAUAAACUCAAAAAUACAUUUUGCUUGCAUACCAUA